AUGAGUGAACUUCCAUCUUUGAUCCCCGGGGGGUCCUUGGGAGUCCAAGAAAACAGAGGCUCCCAGAACUCCCCAGAGGAGGUUUCCAUGGCUGUGUCGGAGCCGCAGCACAGCCUGGGCAUCCUCCAUGCCUCCUACAGCGUCAGCAACCACAUCGGGCCCUGGUGGGACAUGACAGCUUGCCGGCGAAAGUGGACCAGGCAGAUCCUCAAAGACGUGUCCCUGUACGUGGAGAGCGGGCAAAUCAUGUGCAUCCUGGGAAGCUCAGGCUCGGGGAAAACCACACUGCUGGACGCCAUGUCUGGGAGGCUGCGGCGCACGGGGACGUUUCUUGGGGAGGUGUGUGUCAACGGCCAGGCGCUGCGCCGGGAGCAGUUCCAGGACUGCUUCUCCUACGUGCUGCAGAGUGACACCCUGCUGAGCAGCCUUACGGUUCGAGAGACAUUGCGCUACACAGCACUGCUGGCCAUCCGCUGUGGCUCCCCAGGCUUCUUCCAAAAGAAGGUGGAGGCGGUCAUGGCCGAGCUGAGUCUGAGCCAUGUGGCUGACCGACUGAUUGGCAACUACAAUCUGGGGGGAGUUUCCAGUGGCGAGCGGCGCCGGGUCUCCAUCGCCGCCCAGCUGCUCCAGGACCCCAAGGUCAUGCUGUUUGACGAGCCGACCACGGGCCUGGACUGCAUGACCGCCAAUCAGAUCGUGGUCCUCCUGGCCGAGCUGGCGCGCAGGAACCGCAUUGUGGUCCUCACCAUCCACCAGCCCCGCUCAGAGCUCUUUCAGCUCUUUGACAAAAUUGCCAUCCUGAGCUUCGGAGAGCUGGUUUUCUGCGGCACGCCCACGGAAAUGCUUGAUUUCUUCAGUGACUGUGCUUAUCCUUGUCCUGAGCAUUCCAACCCUUUUGACUUCUAUAUGGACCUGACAUCAGUGGAUACCCAAAGCAAGGAGCGGGAACUGGAAACCUACAAGAGAGUCCAGAUGAUUGAAUCGGCUUACAAAAAGUCAGCAAUUUAUCACAAAACGUUGGCGAGCAUUGAAAGAACAAAACACCUGAAAACAUUACCAAAGGUUCCUUUCAAAACCAGAGAUUCUCCUGGAGUUUUCUCUAAACUUGGUAUUCUCUUGAGGAGAGUGACAAGAAACUUACUGAGAAAUAAGCCGGCUGUGACCAUGCGUCUCGUUCAAAAUCUGGUCAUGGGUCUGUUCCUCAUUUUUUUCAUUCUGCGGGUCCAGAACGACGUGCUGAAGGGUGCUAUCCAGGACCGCGUGGGACUCCUGUACCAGUUUGUGGGUGCCACCCCGUACACAGGCAUGCUCAACGCCGUGACUCUGUUUCCCGUGCUCCGCGCCAUCAGCGACCAGGAGAGUCAGGACGGCCUGUACCAGAAGUGGCAGAUGCUGAUGGCCUACAUGCUGCAUGUCCUUCCCUUCAGUGUCAUUGCCACCGUGAUUUUCAGCAGCGUAUGCUACUGGACUCUGGGCUUAUAUCCCGAGGCGGCCAGAUUUGGAUAUUUUUCUGCUGCUCUCCUGGUGCCCCAUUUAAUUGGCGAAUUUCUAGCUCUUGUGCUACUCGGCAUGGUCCAAAACCCCAAUAUAGUCAACAGCGUAGUGGCUCUGCUGUGCAUUGCUGGAGUGCUUGUUGGAUCUGGAUUUCUCAGAAACAUGCAAGAAAUGCCCAUUCCUUUAAAAAUCAUCAGUUAUUUCACAUUCCAAAAAUAUUGCAGUGAGAUUCUUAUAGUCAAUGAGUUCUAUGGACUGAAUUUCACUUGUGGCAGCUCAAAUGUUUCUGUGACAAUGAAUCCAACCUGUGUCUUCACUCAAGGAAUUCAAUUCAUUGAGAAGACCUGCCCGGGUGCGACAUCCAGAUUCACAGUGAACUUUCUGAUUUUAUAUACAUUCAUUCCAGUUCUUGUCAUCCUAGGAAUAGCUGUUUUUAAAAUAAGAGAUCAUCUCAUUAGUAGAUAGUGAGAAACAUUGCUGGGAAAAUGGAACGUAAACUGCCGGAUGGGCACGGUUGCUCUGAAUAUCUGAAAUAAGAGAGCCACACAUUCUUUCUUGGUAGGACUUCAGUCAUUUAACCAUUAAGACUCCAUUUGUGCCCCUUGGAUCCACACAGACCUUGAAAGCAAUGGAAAUUGUUCAUAGUUCCUUGCUAUUCCAACUUGCAAGGACAUGUGGUUUUCGAAAUUGUGAAUGAGCUAGCCCAAGAAUGUAAAUAAUAAUAAUUCAUAAACUUAUGGGAGACUAGUGUGACUAUUUGUUUUCCUUGUUCUGGACAUAGAAAAAUAGGUCAGUUAAAAAAUAUGCUUAUAUUUGAGAAAUGAUUA